AUGGAUACCCUGUGGCUUAACCAGUUUGCCAUCCUUCUCUGGAAAAAUUUCAUAUUAAAGAAACGGAAGAUGGGUUCUUUAAUUGUGGAAAUUACCAUGACAAUGCUGUUCUGUGCAAUGAUUUUGGCUCUACGCAAAGCAACCAAAAAGGAAUUUAAACAACGUACUUUUUUUCCGCCUCUUCCCUUGGAUGAACUUCCCUCUUACCUCACUGAUAAGAAACAUGAAUAUGAAUUGGUUUACGUGCCUUCUGGAAGUGAUGUGGCAAAAAGUAUUACCGAGAAAGUGAAAGACUAUUUAAAUGCCAACCUUAAAGUUCGAGGCUUUCCUUCAGAAGAAGAUUUUGAAAAGUAUAUUAAAUAUGAAAAUCAAUCUGUUCUUGUGCUGGCUGCUAUCAUAUUUGAUCAUGACUUCAAAAACAGUAAUGACAGAUUGCCACUUAAGGUAAAAUAUCAUCUGCGUUUCCAUUCUGAAAAAAAGGCUCCAUGGUUUACAGAACUUCUCUUUCCAGUAAAUCCCUCUUUAGGACCCAGGAACCCAAACUCCCCACAAGGGGGAAAUCCUGAGUACUACAAAGACGGAUUCCUGCUUGUGCAGCAUGCCUUGGAUAAGGCCAUCAUUGUGUACCAUAAUGGCAGAGCUGCGGAAAUGCUAUUUGAAAAUGUCACCAUUUUUGUUGCCAGAUUUCCAUACCCUGCUUAUUAUAAAGAUGAUUUUUUUCUCUCUUUUUUAUCUCUCUUCCCUUUACAAGUUUUACUUAUAUUUUCUCUGACUGAACUUACUCUUAUCAGAACCAUUGUUAUGGAAAAGGAAACCAGAUUGAAGGAGUACCAGUUCAUGAUAGGGCUCAGUAAUGGUAUGCUCUGGGCAUCUUAUUUUGUCACGUUCCUUCUGAUGUUUUCAAUUAUCGUCUGUAUACUGUGCGUGGUUUUAUGUGCCAAGAUUGCACCUAUAGUUGUCCUCAAAAACAGCGACCCAUCCCUCAUCUUUGUCUUUUUCCUGUGUUUUGUCACGGCCACCAUAACCUUCGGCUUUCUGAUUAGCACAUUCUUCAAUAAAACUGCACUGGCUGUUUCUAUUGGAGGUUUCCUCUUUUAUCUUACCUUCUUUCCAUUUAUAAUAGUCAUCACCGUGUAUGGAAUGUUGAGCCACACGGGGAAGCUGGCUUCCUGUCUCAUUUCAAAUAUUGCAGUAGCUUUGGGGAUUACUACUAUAAGCAAGAUGGAAAUGAAGGAGGACGGUGCUAAGUGGAAUAACUUCUUGUCACAAGUGAGUCCAGAUGAUGAACUCACUCUUGCUCAAAUUAUGGGAAUGCUUUUAUUUGAUGCCUUCUUAUAUGGCCUUCUGACCUGGUAUAUAGAUGCUGUCUUUCCAGGAAAGUAUGGUGUGCCCAAGCCAUGGUAUUUCUUUAUGCAAAAAGGCUACUGGCUUGGAAGGCCUACAAGCAUUAGGAAAAAGGAAGAUAUGCAAGUUGUUAGUACAGUUCAAAAUGCUUAUUUUGAAGAAGAACCUGUUGGUUUGACGGCUGGUAUCAGGAUUCAACAUUUGUACAAGGAAUUCACAUUGCAAAAUAUGACAGUACUAGCAGUUCAAGACUUGUCUUUGAAUUUAUAUGAGGGGCAAAUCACUGUUCUUCUUGGUCAUAAUGGAGCAGGGAAGACUACUACCUUAUCUAUCCUCACAGGUCUCUAUCGUCCUACCAGUGGAAAGGUAUAUAUUAGUGGAUAUGAUAUCUCAAAAGAUAUAGUUCAAGCCAGGAGAAACUUGGGCUUGUGCCCCCAGGAAGACAUAUUGUUCCAUCACUUGACAGUCUCAGAGCAUCUCUACUUUUACUGUGUGAUAAAAGGAGUACCUCCAGAAAUACGUUAUAAAGAAAUUAACAAAAUGCUGAUAUCUUUUGACCUGAUAGAAAAGCGUGAUGCCCUUUCAAAGUCACUGAGUGGAGGAAUGAAGCGUAAACUCUCCAUUAUUAUAGCACUUAUAGGAGGCUCCAAGGUGGUGAUACUUGAUGAGCCAACAUCUGGCAUGGACCCAGUCUCAAGGAGAUUCACCUGGGAUGUCCUUCAGAAGCAUAAAGAGAAUCGUACCAUCUUAUUGACAACCCACCACAUGGAUGAAGCUGAUAUUCUGGGUGACCGAAUAGCUAUCAUGACAAAGGGUACUCUGCAGUGCUGUGGCUCUACAAUUUUCCUGAAAAAAGUUUAUGGUGUGGGAUACCACUUAAUUAUGGUAAAGGAUCGUCAUUGUGAUGUUAAAGAAAUCUCCAAAAUGAUUAAAUAUCACGUGCCAGAAGCCAGAUUGGAGAGCAAUGUUGCAGCUGAAUUAUCAUUUAUCCUACCCAAGGAGUACGCAAACAGGUUUAAAGAUCUACUUACUGAAAUGACAGACAGACAGGAAGAGCUGGGUAUUGCUAGUUUUGGUAUCUCCAUCACUACCAUGGAAGAGGUUUUCAUUAAGGUCAGUCAAUUGCAUAAUCCGACUUUGCAGGCCCUACCAAAUGAAGAUGAAAAUGAAGACACAAAUCAGAAUAUGAAUGUCCCUAGAAAUUUUGAGAGAACAUAUUCUUCCUCCAACUUGAGUAAACGCUCUAAUAUUACAUUUAAUACUGGGUGGACUCUUUACAGUCAGCAGUUCUUUGCCAUGUUCAUAAAAAGAGCAAUGUUCUCGUGGCGCAACUGGAAUUUGAUCUUGCUGCAGAUACUAGCAUUCGUGGGUAUUUUUUAUUUUUUGAUGAGCGAUGUGGAGAUUUCAAUAAGUGAAGAAAAACUUGACAGAGAAAUGGAUUUGGAACAAUAUGGUCAAACAAUUGUGCCCUUCUCAAUUUCUGGAAAUUCUGAGUUUACCAUGAAUUUCACGAAAAAUCUUGAGAUCUUGCUAAAGGCUAAGAAACAGAAACUUCAUAAAGUAAACGGCAAUCUGAUGGCCUAUUUGGCGGAUAGUCAAGAAUGCAUUUACUCAUGCAUAAUUGCAUUUUCCAUUGAGGUUAAUGGAAGUGAAAAUAUAGUUAACUUUUGGUUCAACAAUCAGGCAUACCAUUCAUCACCAUUAUCUCUGGCUGUGUUAGACAAUAUUAUUUUUAUGUCACUUUCUGGCCCUGAUGCUUCCAUUACAAUCAGCAACAAACCUCAGCCUACACGUUCUUCUGGUGGACAUGAAAAUCGAGCAUUGACAGGAUCACAAUUAGCCUUUAGUUUGUAUUUUGGUGUGAGUAUUCUUGUUAGUGGCUUUUGUCUCCUGACAGUAAAUGAGAGAGUCACUAAGGCGAAGCACAUUCAGGUUUUGAGCGGGGUUUAUGCCGCUAACUUCUGGCUCUCUGCUCUGCUGUGGGACUUUCUCAUCUUCUUCACUUCCUGCUGCUUACUAUUGGUGGUGUUCAUGUUCUCUGACUUGAAAAUAUUGGUCACGAAUUACCACUUUCUGGAUACAAUGCUCAUCUUCAUGGUGUUUGGCUGGUCUGUCAUUCCCUUCACGUACCUGAUAAGUUUCCUGUUUUCUAGUCAUACCAGUGCCUACACCAAGCUCGUCAUAUUUAACUACUGUGCAGGGACUUUUGGCGCAACAGCAGAUUUAUUUUUAUCCUCAACUCAGGGUGAAAAUGCUGCUUCUAAAAGCAUCCUGCUUAAUGCAAUGAUGGUGUUACCUAUACAUAAUUUUGGGAUGAGCAUCAGUCGGUAUUAUGAUAUCGAGUACACAAAAUUUGCAUGUGCUUCACCGGAAAAGGUUUCUCCCUUAAUGAAUUGUAGUAAAGCAGUAACUGAGCGUAGUAUAUAUACCUUGGAACAUGAUGCAGUUGGAAGAUACUUACUUGCAAUGGCUGUCACAGGACUUCUUUUCUUCCUCUUGAUAUUCCUUCUGGAGACCACCUUGUGGAAAGUGAAAACCUUUGUGUUUCGCUACAUUUUGUUUGGUAUCUUCAAAAAAUUAUAUAAGGAUAGAGUGUCCAAGGAAUUAUCUGGGGAAUCUGAAGAUGAAGAUGUACAAAAUGAAAGAAAUAGAAUCCUGGAGCACUCUCAAGAGUCACUGAAUGCUACAGUGCUUAUUAAGGAACUCACAAAGGUGUAUUUUUCAAAUCCAAUAGUUUUAGCUGUGAGAAAUAUCUCUGUUACAAUCCAAAAGCAGGAGUGCUUUGGGUUGCUUGGAUUAAAUGGAGCUGGGAAAACUACUACCUUCGAAAUUUUGACUGGAGAGGAGGUUGCUUCCUCUGGGGAUGUGUUUGUUGAGCGCCUCAGCAUCACCAAAAAUAUCCUAAAGGUAAGAUCAAAAAUUGGUUACUGCCCACAGUUUGAUGCCUUACUGGAUUUCAUGACUGCUCGAGAAAUAAUGAUCAUGUAUGCCAGAUUGUGGGGGAUUCCUGAGGCCAAAAUUAACAAUUAUAUAAAGAAGUCAAUGCAAGCACUGAAUCUGGAAUCCUAUGCUGACAAGUAUAUUUACACUUACAGUGGAGGAAACAAACGUAGACUGAGUACUGCUAUUGCCCUCAUGGGAAAGCCCUCAGUCGUCUUCCUGGAUGAGCCAUCAACUGGUAUGGACCCAGUAGCCCGGCGCCUACUCUGGAAUGCAGUGACACAGUCACGUGAAAGUGGCAAAGCAAUCAUCAUAACAUCUCACAGUAUGGAGGAAUGCGAUGCUCUUUGUACUAAGUUGGCCAUCAUGGUGAAGGGAAAGUUCAUGUGCCUAGGCAGCCCUCAGCAUCUCAAGAACAAAUUUGGCAAUGUUUACAUCCUAAAAGUCAAGAUCAAUACUGAUGAAGAAGAGAACAAAUUAGAGGAUUUUAAAACUUUUAUGGAAACAACUUUCCCAGGUAGUGAAUUAAAAGAUGAAAAUCAAGGGAUCAUUAACUACUAUGUUCCCAGCAAGAACAAUAGCUGGGGAGAGAUGUUUGGCAUUUUGGAGGAAGCUAAAGAAGAAUUCAAUUUAGAAGACUAUUCCAUCAGUCAGAUAACUCUGGAAGAAGUCUUCCUGACUUUUGCUGGCCAGCAGAACCCAGAAGCUGAGAAAAAAGCAUCUUGA